GUCUGAUAAUGGGAGGAGGGAGAACGUGGUAGGGGUCCCGGGCCGCGACAAUCGUGGUGUUUCAAACUUUCUCUUUUAAUUACACCGAAGAUUACGCGUAUCGAGUAAUUGCGAACGUUCGUAUUAUAUACGAUCUAGAAGAUCCCUUUUUAACUGCAUUGCUCAGCUAUUUUGUAUCAAAAUGGAGUCCAGGACUGAAUUUAAGAUAAAGUCACCGCCGACCGACGCAAUUUCUGCGGUCGAAUUUGGACCAAACUCCACACAGUUCCUAUUAGUGUCGUCGUGGGACAGUACAGUAAGACUGUACGACAUACACGCUAACACGAUGAGGCUAAAGUACAAUCACGACUUACCAGUAUUGGACGUCGCGUUUCAGGAUGCAGUUCACGCGUAUAGCGGUGGUCUAGGAAAUACUCUGAAAAUGUAUGACAUAAAUAGCAAUACUGAAUCAAUAAUGGGCACACAUGAGAAACCGAUCAGAAAAAUAGAGUAUUGCGCAGCCGUAAAUGCGAUACUAACUGGCGGUUGGGACGCCGCGGUAAAACUAUGGGAUCCACGAACACCUACCUGCGUCGGUAGUUAUCUGCAACCUGACGUAGUCCUUGCUUUGUCUGUAUGCGGCGACAAAUUCGUCGUGGGCACGGCAAAACGAAAAGUUUGCAUUUGGGAUUUGAGAAACAUGGCGGGCAUGUUUCAGAGACGAGAAAGUAGUUUAAAGUACCAAACGCGCUGCAUCAAAGGUUUCCCUAAUGAACAGGGAUACGUAUUAAGUAGCAUAGAGGGUCGAGUCGCCGUCGAGUAUCUCGACACAAUGCCGGAAGCCCAGAAGAAAAAGUACGCGUUCAAAUGCCACAGAAUAAAGGAAAAUAAUGUCGAGCAUAUUUAUCCGGUGAACGCUAUUAGCUUCCAUUCUGCGUACAACACGUUCGCCACCGGUGGCUCGGAUGGUUACGUGAAUAUCUGGGAUGGUUUUAAUAAGAAACGACUGUGCCAAUUUCACCGAUACAACGCUGGAGUGGCCGCGCUUAGUUUUAGCCAUGACGGUUCCGUUCUCGCGAUAGGUGUUUCAUAUUUAAACGAAGCCGAGAUUCCGCCGGGCGGCAGUGACGAGCGAGAAAUUUAUAUAAGAUACGUCAACGAUCAGGAGACCAAGCCGAAGUAAACAGCAAAUUUAUACAAAAUGCAGAUACAGUGACAAAAAUGUGUGAUUAAAAAAAACUCAUGGAUUUCCAUGCAUUAAGAUAGAAGAACGAAUGGUUAGUAAAAACGCAUUCUGUGAAUAAUUGUAAAUAUUCUGUGCUAAUUUAUAUGCAUUUCAUGGAAAUAACAUGUGUCGACUCGCAAUAGAUUCAAUAAAUUGUACGUUUUAUAAAAAUAUUCUCGUCCGAUUUUCAGGAAAUAAAUCUGAUUUGUACCUGUAAAGAUUUUUACAUUUUUAUAUUCUCAUCUCAAUACGAUAUCAUGAUACUUUUUUUCUAAUACAUAACAUAUUAACAUUAUUUGAUGACUGUUCUCUUCUAUUUUAUUAGAUAAAUG